UUCUUUUUCUGACUAUAAAGUGGUAACAUACAACCCACGGAGAUCCGAUUGCCGUGUACAAUACAAGAAAAAAGUGUAGUGGAAACAUUAAAGAAAAGAAGAAAUAUUUUUGUGCAUACCGCCCCGCCCUAAGAACAGUAGAAUUUAAUUUAAUUUCAAUUUGUUUUUCUUACAUUUAAAAUAGUGGUUCAGGGUUGAAUUUGUUAAAUUAAUUUCAAUAUCGCUGUCGGUUGUGUUACAUUCGAUACGAGUAAAAUUGUUGCUAUUGAUUUUCGAUUGCGACUUUUGUGGAUAUAAUAUUUGAAACGAACGUCUGGAACAAAAACAUUUCCCAUCAAAAUGCUUAUUGGAUUAGUUAGAGAUUCUGUUAUGCAGUGUUUCUGCCACACAUGCAGAGCACCAGUUUUACCGGCAGUGGGCAAUCGAUCAGCAUUAUUUAAAAAACCUACAAAAGUUCGAUCCAUUCAGCCAAAAGCGACGAAGAAAGUCAAGUUUAUAACAACCGAAAUAAGAUGCCAAGAAAAAUCGAAAGGAGGUUUGAGCUACGAAGUUAUUUUAGCCGAGCCAACGGGAAAUGUGAUAAACCCAGUCACAAUUAGAAGUAAUACGAAAGCGAAUAAGAGUUUAUCGAACGAUGAAAUCGCAAAGAAAUUAAAGGAAGCCGAAGAACGUCGACUUUCACUUGAAGCGAAGAAAAUGGCUGACUGGACAGCAAAGGCGAGUAAAAUCGAAGAGAUUGCCCGAAAGAAGGACGAAUUGAAUAUCGAGUUUAUAAAUCAAACGAAAGAGGCACUAGACGCGAAAAUGGAGUAUCAUGUCGAGAAACGGGAUGCUUUAAUGAGUGAUAUGAAGAAAAAGUUAAAAGAUCAUGCCGAAGAAAUCGAAAAGAAACGGAUUCUGUUGGAACAGCAAAAGGAAUUGGAACGUGUGGCGAUAGAUGAAAAACAUAAAGUCGCUGCUGCCAUUCGAGAUGAGAACAUGAAAAAGAUGUUGAAUCAUCUAAAAGAACACAACAUAAAUAAACUUGCCGAGGUAAAAAUAACAGCCGACAUCCGGGAAACCGAAAAAUGUAUGGAAAUUAAACACAUUUUCGACAACAAACUGUAUGCGGCCGAGCAAAAGCGAGAAGAAGAAGUUAGAAAGAAGCUUGAAAAAUUACGUGAACAUGAACGUCGUGCUGAAAUCGUCCGUCAAAACAAAGCAAAGGCCACACAAAUGGAAGGUAUGGACGAUGGAAAAUGCGAAAUGUCCAAUUAAAAUAAAACAAAAAUUAAUUUUGGAUCUUCCCCGUUGUUAAUUGAAUGAAACAAAAAAAAAUGGUUUCCCGUUUCGUUCAUUCUCGUUUUGUUUCAAACUAAGUUUUCAAAUGCAUCGUGCGGGAAUUUAAGAUUUUUCAUUUGAGAUGAAAAAAAAAACCAAACAAAAAUUGUCAACAAAAACACAAUUAUAAUAACUAUAAAACAAGAUAAACGCUUUUGGUAAAUGAAUAAAAUAAUUUAAAAAAACAAAAAUUUAAUGUAACCGUUCGCCCAUCAUCAAUUAAUCGAAUUCAAAAAGAAAAUGUUAAGAUAUAUCAUGAGAACAGGAGAGCGUAGCUAAUUACACUCGAAAAUUAAAAUUUUGUUGUAUUAAUUUUUAUCCUUUAAUUUUAGCCAGAAUUUGUUUGUAAAAUUACUGUAGUAAGCAAUACAAUAUAAGUAUAAAUACACAUAUAAUUACCUUAACCCAUUCACAAUAUAUAUAUUCAUUUGUCUGAUGUUAUAAAGCUUUUGGCUUAUGGACGUUAUAGAAAUAAUCAUAUUUUGCUCAAAGAAAAGCGCUCAUUUAUAAGAGUGACACAAAACGCAUUGACCGAAAAGACAGUAACAUUUUUUUAAAAAGACCAAACUAAGGAUAGGAAAUGACUAAGUAUUAUUUUGGAAAUGAAAAAAUUAAAAAUAUGCGCUACAGAGCAUCCUCUUUGGAUGCUGCGACAGCGACAAACAUUUUGGUAAAACAAAAACAAUAUUGAAACCUGUGGCGCUAAAUUCUAAAAAGUAAAAUAAAAUUGGUGGAAUCAUGAGACCAUUAGUGGAUUACGUGCCGCACCUAAUUUGCAAGUUUUUGAUCUGACUAGUGCGAAAAUUAUAAACUGAGCCGAAAGAAAGCGUAUGGGUGAAAUGGGCUAAGCUCAGGGAGCUGGAGCAAUUAAGGGCCUGAAAAAAUUGACUAAUGAGCCCUGGAAAAUAACUAUUUUCCGUACAAAAUUUUUAUAACUCGCUCCGCUCACUAUUACUUUUUAGUCAAUGGCAAAACGAAUAAUUCUGAUGUGGUACGUAAUGUCUGUUAGCGAGUGGUAAGCGCAUAACUCAAUGAAGCGGUAGGUUCAGCUAGAGUUAACCUUUUCCUCCUGGAAACUGUUGAAAAAUUAUUGUAAAAAAGGGAUUUUGUGUAAAGCUAUUACAUAAAAUAAGUCUUUACAACAGAAAACGAAAGUGUUGCUGCUUUAGAAAAGCUAAAUGCACACACGCAAUAAAAUACCCUAAUUUUUUUUUUGUUUUAGCGCCAGUAUUUGCGAGAAUAUUAUUGUAAAGCCAAAUCACAUAUAUUGUUAGACAUUCUCACGCUGAUAAGAACAAGUAAGAACAAAAGCCGGCAAAAGUUGAAAAUCUAAAAUUUAGUUGAAAAUUAAUGAAAUAAUGAGAAGUUAACUGUUAUAAGAGGAAGAAAAACAAAACUUUUCACAUUCUCCUAGAGCUAUGUAUUACAUGCCGAACGCACCGAAGCAAUUUAUUAAAUCUCUAUAGGAUUGAUCGUAACUAUUUUCUGUCCUAGAGAAUUUCAUGUAGGGACAUUUGAGGUGUGUAAAUUUGAUAAAUUUCAUUCAAUUGCAGUCCGCAAUUUUUAUUAAAUUCUUGAUUCAGUCGUUCUAAACAUAAAUCGUGAACUCAUUAAUGUAAAUUUAUACAAAAAGUUAGUCCAAUCUGCUUAUAUAUUUGUUUCACACAAUUUAGGAUUAUUAUGGUGCUUUGCUUUCGUUGAAAUGCUUUUUGUUUGAGCUGAAUUUUAACUAUUAAUAUUUUGAGAAUCCUUUUGGAUUGGUUAAUUAUAGAGAAUAGUCGGAUUAAAUUUUAAAGCAGGUUUAAAAGGAGAAAAAAAAUCAAAACUACAAGAUGCAUAGUAUUACCAGACAAAGUAUUUGAUUUUUCUAACAGUCUGUUUAGCAAAAAAUGGGCUGCCUUUUGCAUUAAGUAUUUAGAUUCUAAUUUGAACCGAAGGCUGGCUUGGAAAUAGAUCACGUGGAAAGAACACCUUUUUUGUUUUGCGUAUCGAACACGAUUAGAAGAAGAUAUAGUCAUUUAUCAACUCGAUUUUUCCAGUGUCGAAAUAGUUAUUUUCCUAACGCAUGCUAAAAUUCUCCGCCUCCGGCUCCGGCUCGUGCUGGAAUUGAAUUCCAUAAAAAAGUUCAUUUAGCAUAAGUUGGUACCAACCAACAACGUCUUUCCAAAACAACGUUGAAAAGACGUGACGAAGUCGUGAUAUUUCAACACUAAUUAGGAAAAGUACAUUUCACGCCAGUAUGUACCAGUGUCAUAAAGUGAAACCUAACUAAAAAAAAGUUCUUUAAGGUGCACUAUUACCCUGAUUCUUUAAUUUCCAGCCUCAUCGAUUAAAUUAAAAAUGUCGAUUGAUCUCCGAAUAAACAAUGCUAUUUGAUUGAAAUGCACCUCGCUUAAAUGAUUGUACAAAAAAGUUUUUGAUUUAAGAUUAAAUGAAAAACAGACAUUUUAGACACAAAAAAAAUAAACAAAAUGUUAAGUGAAUUAAAUGAUAAAAACCGCCACUCUGCUGCCUUUUAUUAAUCUAUUGUCUACAAUAUAUUCUUGUAUUUUAAUUUAAGGAAAUUUUAUGUAGCUAAAGAAA